ACGCGGUGAUGUUAUCCAUUUCUCGCGGCGAGACCGAAGGUCAGGAUGAAGGUGGAGCGUACACGGAGACAGGCCCGGGCGCAGUGCGGUGGCAGGACUACUUCUGCGCGGAUGUGGACGAGCCGGAAGUGGGGCGUCCCCGGGAAGUCACCACGAAGGUGCAAAAAUUCCGGGGCACGCUCUGGCUUUGCGAAGACUAUCCCUUACAGCUUCAAGAGCAGAUAAUGCCAAUUCUUGAGUUGAUGGCGACCUUAUCGUCGCCGCACUUCACCAAGCUAAAGGACUUCGUGCAGAUGCAGCUGCCUGCUGGAUUCCCAGUGAAAAUAGAGAUCCCGUUGUUCCACGUGUUGAACGCGCGCAUCACGUUCAUGAACAUCUUCGGCACGACGAGUCCCGUGGCGGGCGUGGCCACCCUCCAGGAGGCCGAGCGCCUGUCGUGUCUCGUCGACGACGACUGCUUCCGGGUGGGGAGCGGCUACCGAGAGACUGGUGGCCCUGGCGACCACGACGACCCCGACGACGAGGAGCUGAUGCACUUCGCCGUGCGACAGAGCCUCAUGGAGCCCGGCACCCAGUGCGACCAGGUGGACGUGUGGGAGGCGCUACGCGGCGCACGGCCCUCUCCGGCGCCCUCCCCGCGCCCCUCCAGCCCCGCGCCGGCAGCCGCGCCCCGCGACGCUGACCUGCUGCGUCACGAGCAGACCAUGUUGCAGAGAGCGAUAGAGGAGUCCCUGGCGAUUGCGCGCGCGGCCGGCAGUCCGCCGCUUGCGGGC